GUGGAACUAGAGACAUCGGAUCAGCGCUGACCCGAAUGUGUAUGAGACAUCGCAGCAUAGAGGCCAAACUCAAACACUUCUCCAUGGGCUUCAUGGAGGGUCUGAUCAACCCUCUGCAAGAGCAGAUGGAAGACUGGAAAAGAGGAGUCCAUACUUUGGACAAGGACCAUGCAAAAGAGUAUAAAAGAGCUCGGCAGGAAAUUAAGAAGAAGUCUUCAGACACGCUGAAGCUCCAGAAGAAAGCCAAGAAAGCUGAUAAUCUAGGCCGCGGUGACAUCCAACCCCAGCUGGACAGCGCCAUGCAGGAUGUCAGUGAUAAAUACAUCCUGCUGGAGGAGACGGAGAAACAGGCCCUGAGGAAGGCUCUGAUCGAGGAGAGACAGAGGUUUUGCUGUUUUGUAGCCAUGCUGCGGCCUGUAGUGGAUGAGGAGAUUUCUAUGUUGGGAGAAGUCACCCAUCUCCAGGCCAUCUCAGAUGACCUGAAAGCCCUGACCUCUGACCCUCACAAGCUUCCUCCUGCCAGUGAACAGGUGAUCAUGGACCUGAAGGGCUCAGAUUAUGGUUGGUCAUAUCAGACGCCACCUUCAUCCCCCAGCACCACCAUGUCCAGGAAGUCCAGCAUGUGCAGUAGUCUGAACAGCGUUAACAGUAGUGACUCCAGGGGAUCCAGUGGCUCUCACUCUCAUUCUCCUUCCUCCUCUUCUUCCUCCUCUUCCUCACACCACCUCUUCCACCACCAUCACCCCCGCCAUCGAUUCCGCAGCUCCACGUUACCCCAGCAGGCCCCAGCUCGGCUCUCCAGCAUCUCCUCCCAUGACUCGGGCUUCAUUUCCUCAUCACAAGACCAAUACACGUCGUCCAAGUCGUCCUCGCCGAUGGCAGCUGAGACAAAGUUGUCCAAUGGUUUUGACCACUACAGCCCAGCCAGUUCCCCCUACCUGCACAGCAACGGGGGCAGUUUGGGCUCAGGCUCAGGCACUGCCUUCCCCUUCUUCCCUCCUCCCUCCUCAUCAUCCACCUCCUCCUCCUGCCCUACUCGUUCAUGGUCACGUCCUGCCUCAGCCCUGCUGCCAGACUACCCUCACUACUGCACGCUGGGCUCCCCCAUGGUGCCUUCAUCACGAGUCCCCACCUGGAAGGACUGGGCGAAGCCGGGACCUUAUGACCAACCUAUGGUCAACACACUGAGGAGGAAGAAAGACAAGGAGACUCCAGUUGUGGUGGACAGUAAUGGGAGUAUGAACAGCGACAGCAUCCCUCCAUCAGUCCAGACCUCCCUGUCGACUUCAGCUCCAGCUCCAGCUGUGCUACAAACAGCAAACCAGUCGGCAACAUUGGAAGAGAAGAACAGGAUUGUGCCUGCGUCUCUCAAGGCUGGUGAUAUUGAGGCCCAUGAUGAACUGACUCUGGCCUUAUCCAGAGGUCUGGAGCUGGACACCCAGAGGUCCAGCAGAGACUCCAUCCAGUGCUCCAGUGGCUACAGCACUCAGACCAACACACCCUGCUGCUCUGAAGACACUAUCCCAUCACAAGUAUCAGAUUAUGACUACUUCUCAAUGGCUGGAGACCAAGAGUCUGAUCAGCAGCAGUCUGACUUUGACAAGUCCUCCACCAUCCCCAGAAACAGCGACAUCAGUCAGUCGUACAGACGCAUGUUUCAGACUAAACGUCCAGCCUCCACAGCCGGCCUGCCCAGCACUCAGGCUCCGUACCCUGUACAGGGGGCCUACCAUGUGGGGCCUUACCCCUCCACACCCAUCCACACAGGAGGUUAUCCAUCUGCUCCUACUGGGCCUUAUCCUCCCACCCCUACAGGUCACGGUCCAGUUAUCGUCACCCCCGGGGUUGCCACGAUCCGUCGCACCCCCUCCUCCAAGCCCUCCGCCCGUCGCUCAGGCUCGGUCGUGGGUACCGGCCCCAUUCCCAUCCGUACUCCUGUCGUGCCGGUAAAAAUUCCCACGGUGCCCGACAUGUCAGGAGCAGUUAACGGGAGCAGGAGCUCGGAGGAGAUGGGAGGAGGGGAAAGCCCAGAUUCUCCCACGUUUGCGGGAGGGGAGGAUGGCGGCUCGCUGCCUGUGGUGUCCUGGAGCGGUCAGGCCACAACCAACCCUCCCACCGUGGCCAACCAGCCGCCUCAGCAGCACCUUCAGAGUGACAUCGGAGAGGAGGUGGGAGAACAGGAAGAAGGAAACAUGCUGGUGGCCAUCCGGAAGGGCGUCAAGCUCAAGAGGACCCUCACCAACGAUCGCUCUGCUCCACGUAUCGCAUGAUGAAGCCGCGAGAACACGGUCACAAGAAGCACGUGACCUCAUGUCAUAGCAGCGGGGCUCCACCUCUUCAUCGUAUUUGUAAAUUAGGUCAAAAGCUUUAGAAAAAAAAUGUUGCUGGUAGACGUGCAAUGUACAAAAAUGAAAAGGCUUGUUAUACUAAAUCAGUCGUACCUACUCCACAUGCAGCGUUUCUAAAUUUUCACUCAUGAGAAUCUCUCACUACACAAGCCAUUUACAAAUACUCAAAAAAAAAAAAAGAAAAAGCAUCUUGUAGAUUAUUCACCACAUUUCUAAUUAGGCUUGUGAUGCCUCAGAAAUGAUGUAAAGGUUAAUUAAAAUGUGGGUUUAUUAUGGGAUCACUGGCCCACUUAUGGUAAUCCUUGCGUAAGUUGAGAAGUUGGACAAGCCUGUACACGACCUCGUUGAGGAUUUUGGCCAAAGCACCGAGAUGCUUUUGGAAAUCUGGGCCCACCGAUGUGUAACGAUGGCGAUAAACAUCAGGAUGUGUUUUUGUUAACGAACAGCAGAGCAGCAUUACGCCACAGUAUGUUUAUUUCUUUAAAAGGACGGUAAAGAUGUGCUUCACACAAAUCCCUCACCGAGCUGUACGCCUCCUCUCAGUGUAAAAAAAAAAAACAAAACUCAACACCGUGUACACAUUCAGCGCAUUGUGCCAUCGUGGGAAGCACUCUGACUGCCUGGAGACUGAGCAGAAGGUCUGCCAUAACCACUGCAGUAGAACACAGCAUCGAGAGAGGAACGUUCAGGUGCUGUGGGGAGGUUCUGGCUACAUUGGCAGCGUUUUGACUGCACCAUUUGGCAAGUCCUGAACCUGCCUAUUUGGAAACUGGCCCAGUUAGGCGAUGCGUUGAAAGCUGCUGAGACUUAAAUACAGCGGGGGGUCGGUCCACAGAGCAACACAGAGGGCUCCUGACUUUCCUGUGUUUGACCCGCAUCUGAGUUGCAGGAGCGUGACCCGAGUGGUCGAUGCCGUGACAUGAAGAGACGCUACAAGUUUUUGUUUUAAUAUUCACACGAUCUGUAAAUAGUUUUGCACGUCUCUGUUGCUGAGCGGUGCGUCAGUUGUACAUCCACAGCGCUCCUCCACAGUGCCAAAAUCAUUCAGAUCUCACAUAGGAUAUAGUGACCAUCGCAGCCCAUCGCCUGGAGAUGUGAAGUGCUUUCCUUAUUUUCCUCAGUUUUUUUUUCCCCCCGACUCAUUUAAUCUGAAAUCUCUACAUGCUGAGCUUUGUAGAACUUCUCUGUGGUUUGUCUUAACAUGAGUCGUAUCAUUAUUUAGCCACACGACAACCUGCUGCGCAUUGAUUGCUCAUAGCAUCACUAAUACAUGUCCCAGUACACAUGUGCCAUGUCAGAACACAAGUCAAAUUUAUAUAAAUAUAUAUAUAUAUAUUACUAAACAUUUUAUUGACGCUAAUGAAGCAAAUUAUUUUGAUGUUUAGAAAACAAUGAGUUAAAGCUAUAAUUUGUAUUGCCACGUUGUUUCUGAUGUUCCGUGCUGUUAUGUUGGAUUCUUUCUGUUAAACGCAUGCAGCGAGUACAUUCAAUCGAUCGGUUUGAUUUUUUUUUUUAAACAUCCCUCACUUCAGUUUUAAUUUUUUGUAGUAGUAUCCAAGGGGACAAGUCGUUCAGAUUUUUACCUAAAAACUAGGAAAUCACAUAAAAAUGCAUCGUAUAACUUAAGGAAUAUGUUGUUAAAGGUACUUUUUUUGUUGUUUUUUUAUCUGGACUGUAGGAUGUUUUGAGGUUCAUCCAUUAGACUAUAAGCUAAAUAGGCUGCUUAGUGUCACUGAGUCAUCGUCUGUAUUUGAUUUGCAUUUCAGUUCAAGCACUGUGAGACCACGGCUACUACAAGGUGUAUCAAUCUGUAAAUAUUAUUUCGCUUUACAAGUUAGUCCAGGAAACUCACACCUUUUUAAUUUAUUUUCUUUCUCAGCCUUUAAAUCUCUUCUUUCUUUCUCAGCCUAUCUCUAUUUUUAUACUUACAACAGAACCAUCAGUGUAUCAGAGUCGUUUCCUCUACCCGUGCAUGUGCUAUCUGAGGAUGUGUUCAGUGACGUCCCGUAUUUCACACACUUGUGGUUGAAUAUUCACUUAAAUCCAGGCUGGUACAAAAGCACACAGUUUGCGUCAGUAUUAUGAGUCCACAUUUUGGGGAUUAUUCAGAACUACUUCAGCUUCAGUUCAGUCAAGAUUUAUUUCUGAAUUAAUCGGUUUUUUUUGUUAAUUGUUUAAAGCAAUGCUAACUUUUUGGUUGCGCACCUAUUUUAGGGUGACGACAACAAUGCGACAAGGUUCCCUGAGGGUGAUUCAAUAUUAAAUGUUUCUGUUUUUUUUUCCGUCCACUCAUCUAAAACUUGUAUUAUCAACCCAUAAUUCCCAUAUUUAAAUUGCUAGCAUAAAUAUAUAUUAUAUAUUGCCAAAUGUCAGUAUAUACUAUGAAUAAGAAGUUUAUAGUUUGUGAAGGUUUGAAAGUACGGUUCAGCCUAGUUUAGUUUUUAGCUUAUUUUCCCCCUGCCCCCCCACAAGGAGAGUUGAGCUCUCUGCCUGUCCGUGUGUAGUUCAGGCUACGAUGCAUUUUGUUUCAGGAGGUAAAAGGUUGAUAUUUUUUGUGUUAUGACAACUAUAGCAAUAUAAUAAAAAAAAAUAUUAAAUUUG